AUGUCCGAGACCAGAAGAGUUUCCAUCAGCUCUCCCGUGGUUAUAGGGAGGGCCCUGAGAAGCACCUCGGACCGCCCCUCCUUGCUGACCAACUUGUACCUCGCCAACAACCACAUCUCCAAGUUCCAUGCUGUUGUUUACAAGGAAGACGAUGCUGUUUACGUGAAAGACACAGACUCGACCUUUGGCACGAUCCUCAACAACGUCUUGAUCGGACCCCAGGAGCCACACCUUUUGAAACAUGGCGACACCUUGGGGCUUGUAGUCAACCGUACUGCCGCCGUGGUACGGUCGUGGCGCGAGAAGACCCUGCUUCCUACCAACAUUCCUUUGCGCAAGUUGCUCAACCCCUGGGUCCACUUGCAGUUUGAUGUGGGUCUUUCUGAGGAUGUGCUCACGUUGACGCCCAAGAACAAGCUAGCCGAUGAAGCUUGUCUGGUGGACGAGUCCGGCGAGGCUGCCGAGGUGACCCGAACUCCCGAGUACGAGGAGGCUCAUGGUGAUGUUGUCUCGGAGGACGAGCCCCCUGAGGAGGUCAAGUUCGUCAAGGAGGUUGUCGUACGCGAGGAGCCUGAAGCUCAGGCCGAGAAAGUGGAGGCUGGAGAGGAUGCCGAUAGCGAGGCAGAAAGCGAGGUGAAAGCCCCUGCUGACCCUGAGCCACAGCUUGAAGUCGUCGAAGUCGAAAUCGAGUCUACCGCUAAGCCCGAGGAGACCGUGGAGCCAGAUGUUAUAGAGGCCGUUGUCGACGAACCAGAACCCGAGCCUAAGGCUGAAGCUGAAGCCGAGCCGUACGAGUACUACGACGGCUCCUCCAACGACGACGUCACCCUGGACGAGGCAUCCUCAGAUGCCGAAGGCUGCGAGGACUGCUCCGAGUGUUGUACGACCGGCAAAGCCUCCGAGAUCAGACUCGUCAAUGGCGAGUGGGAAUGCGUGGAAGACUCAGACGAGGACUUGGCGGUGAUGUUCGGCUGGAACGACAUCUCCCUGUCUGAAGUUGAAAGCGACAACGAGCCCAUGAGCGACCAGGGCGAGCCAGAUACAUCGCUCUCCGACGCCGCUGAGCCAUGCUGUGGCGUGAAGCGCUCCUAUGAUGUGAUGACCGAAACCGACCCUGUGCCUGCUACGGCAUUGGAGACACCAAUACCCGAGAGGCCUCUCAAGAAGGCAACCUACACCGUGCUCAAAGAGGUGGGCAAAGGAGCAUUGUACGUUGUUGGUACAGUGGUGGCAUUGAUUGCGUACGGCCGGUCCCUCGAGAACCAGUGA